CAUGCAAAAUGAGAAAAGGAAUCUAAUCAGUUUCAACCGUCGAAACACUUGCCUCUGUUCUUCUCUGCUUGUGCUUGCGUUGAUUCCAUCGCUGGCCAAGGGUCGUGACUCGUGACACGACCCCAGGAAUUAGCUCGGGCUGCCGUGCUGCCUGCUUGCUGGCGUCCCAGCAGGCCGAGUCCUGCUUUUCUCUCCCAGUCUCCCUCCGGCGCCCCAAUGCCGAGCUGCGGCCACUACGCGUCGCCGCCGGCUCUAGCGUUGACCCGAAGGUUGUCAACGACUCAACGGGGAAGAUUUUCGUCCCAUGAAUGACCUAAUUCAACUAUACAUGACAGCUUUUCUGGAAGGAAACAAUGAGGUUCUUGGUGUAGUUGAGAAGGCAAUCGCUGCUGUGGAAAAAGAGAACAGUAGAGUAGCUUAUCAACUUGAAAGUAUUACAACUGAAAUAAAUUCUGGGAAGGAAAAAUUUAUUCGCUUAAAUGCCAAUCUGGAGAAUUUCCGGAAACAGGCUGAAAAGGACGGUGCCAAGUUUACAUCAAAUAUACGGGUGGAUGUUGUCCAGAGCCUGUUACCUCUGGUUGAUAGUUUUGAGAAAACGAAAUUAGAGAACACCCCAGGGACUGAGAAGGAGCAAAUGGUCAGCACAAGCUAUCAAGGCAUAUACAAGCAGUUAGUUGAAACGCUAAGAUAUUUGGGUGUAGGAGUUGUGGAAACAGUUGGCAAUCCGUUUGAUCCUUUGGUCCAUGAGGCCAUCUCACGAGAAGCAUCCAUGCAAUUCAAGGCAGGGAUUGUCAUGCAUGAAGUCCGCAGAGGGUUCCAUUUGAAGGAGAGGAUGCUAAGGCCUGCUACUGUGAAAGGUCUCAACUGGCUCUGGCAAACAAAGUGCAAGCUCAUAGAGGAGGGCAAAGAUGCCGCUCUGUGGAUCUGAUCAAACGACUAUCAGGAACUGAUAGACAAAUAAAGGACCUCUCCUUCUGAGCAGCAUUUUUCUGUUCAUAACAUGGCGGAUGUGUUCGGUCUCAAAUGAGACAGGUCACCUAUAUAUGUUGUUGCCAGCGAAUUGCUGUUACUUGUAAAUUGUAAUCUGCUAGAAUUUUGCCCACCAAAAGAGAGGGUGUAACAUUGCACAUACAUACCGGCUUUAUAUUGACUUACUUUCUCGAA